AUACUUUUCUUCCACAAUAGAAACGGGAGUCACUGUGACUCCGGAUUAAUUGACUGAAUCCGGGCGGUUCUUUUCAGUCAGUUCGUGAUAGUUGAGUUGGACGUACAACACGCUGCUUGUGGUCAUUUAUGGCAUGGAUUUACGGAACUCGUCCAAUAUGAGAAAUUGAAAGUGUUUCUUUUUAGUGCAAAAAUUAGUGCAGCGAUGACCUCAUUUUAUAAUUAAAAAAAUCUAACUUUCGGUUAAUUUUAUAUUAAUUGGAUGUACGCGCGCCAAUUUUUUAUUGGAACCGUAGUGCAAUAUAAUUCAUUGUGAUGUGCGGUUUAAGAUGUUAACAGUGUUGCGGCCGCGUGAAUUAACCCCAAUGGAGGGUUUAGAUCAUUUAUUUUUACUUCCCGAAAGAGUUUUGGAAAUGGAUACUAAAAAUCUACAAAAGGAUCUUGCUGGGCUCGAUUUUGACGCGCGCCUUUUGCACGAGGCGCCCAUGGGGAAUGUUUGGCUAUCUGGGUCCCGUCCUUCAUCAGCCAAUAGGGGUACAAUGCAUUGGUUUGCUCAUUUGGGAUCAGAUUCUAGUAAUGUGGAAGACGAAAAAGAAGCUAGAAUAAAGACUUUCAAGGAACGCCAAAAUGAGGAAAGGCAGAGGAAGUUGGACGAAAUGAAACACCAGGCACUAGCAGCUCAACGAUUUAAGGAACAAAAAGAGAACGAACGAAGGCAGCGUAUAGACGACUUAAGGCUUAAGGAAGAUGAAAGACGGCAGCAGGUGGAAGAUAGGAAAAAGGCAAUAAACGAUGCAGAGAGAGAUAGGUUAGAAUCAAUUUUAAAACGUAACCAAGAAAGGGAAGCCAGGAUAGAAGCGAAACGGAAAAAUGAACGAAGUUCUAUGGUUUUCGCCUUCGGAUCUUCGACUCCUCGAAUGUUGGGCCCGGCGGAUAGCUCCGGUUCGUUUUGGGGACACAGAAGGGCAACCUCCACCCAAAACAUAACAUAUUCACCUGCUCCUCUCACUAGAAGACAGUCAGAAAGGGAACUUGAUGGUGGUAGUAAAAAAAGAGCAACAUCCGCAGGCGGUUUGGAACGUUCAGGUGAAGAUAUGCGAAUGUCUACUUCUAUGUACGCAGUUUUCCAUUGGGAUAGCGAUCCUGACUCGUUCAAGUCUCCCAUUACUAGCUUACCCGCACAACCAAUUUCUCUCAACACGACGAGCAGUUUCGCUACCACACCACAGCAUCCGGCGGGCUGUAUAAGUGGAUACGUGGGCCGUCGACGCACAGAUCUGAUGCCCACAAUACCAGCGAAAGAUUCUCCGACCACACUACCCCGUAAACCUUUCAUGCGUUCACCAGGUAGGGCUUACUCGAUGUCUCGUCUUGACCAAUUGUCUAAGCCACGAAAAAGGCCAACUGAUUUACCCACCCUAACGGAAAUGGCUAUCCAUUCUCCCUUCAAAUCCCUAUAUCAUCCACAACAAUCCUCAGUUAGUCGUAGUAUGAGUCACCUAGCUUUUAAUAAGCCGGCGCAGCCGGUACAGUCCCAAAAACCUUUACGGAAAGCUGACAGCCGCAGUAUGCACCAACUUACAACCGCUGUAUCUUUACCACCGCCGCGCACAACACGCGCAACCGAACUUAGACAGAAGAAAUUAGCAUCCACCAACUGUUUUUCUCAGGUUGAAGCACCAUCGCGGCCCAGCAGUUCUCUAAGUCAGCAAAGUACAAGUAGUGUUACCAGCUCAGUUGUAAUGAGAAGUCGUCCCUCGACAGCACCCAGAGGUCCCCGACCUGCAAGUAUUGCUGUUACUGGUAUAACAACCGAUCUAAAAAAUCUAGCCGAUAUAAAAAAGCCAGAUAACAAACCUCCGCUGCCGAAAGUUAGAAAAUCAAGUUUAGUCAAAUCGCAGGAGAAAAUAGGGAAGAAGAAAUCUCUUUCGUCGCCCACGGAAGGUUCGCCUAAAACGUUACUUUCACCGACCAGCACUGCGACGGCGACAAUUACCACAGAUGUUGAUAUUACGAACACUCUAAUUAAUGUAGAUAGAAAUACCACGAAUUUUGUAUCUGAAACAAUUUCUAAUGAAGACAAAUUGAUUUUAAAUGGUCAGGAAUGCAGUAUUGAGUCGGAUAACAAACAGACUACCCCACAGCUUAUACAAAUUGAUCAAAUUGGCCCCACGGAUGUAACGGAUCAAUUAGAAACGAAAUUUAACGAAAUGAGUAUUUGUGAUGACGAAAAAGGUGAUGCCGUAAAGGAUAUGAUAUAUCAAAUUAUCGAUAAGGUCGAAGAAAAUAUUUUUGGAAAAUCUGAACCGUCGGCUGUACCUGAUAAUCAGCUGGACAUGUUCGAGAGUCAAAGUGGCGACAUCGAUAUGACGGCCUCUGUGAAUUCCAAACCGCGAAUUACAACUGAGGAGGAAGCAAAAGCCGCUUUAGCCGAAAGGAGACGUUUGGCGCGCGAGGAAGCCGAACGGCAAGCCGAGAUGGAACGACUUCGGAUAGAGGAGGAGAUUAGAAUUGAGUACGAGAGGCAGCAAAGAGAAGAGGAACUACAGAGACAGUUAAUUGAACAGCAGAGAGCUGCGGAAGAAGAACGUCUGAGAGAGGCAAUAAAAGAGGCACAGCGUCGUGAAGAGGAGGAAAAACUAAGAAAAGAAGAAGAAUUACGAUUGAAGGUGUUGAAGGAUGAAGCGGAGCGUAAAGCACGGGAAGAGGCCGAACGGCAGAAAGCCGAAUUGCAGGAGCGAUUGAAAAAUGAAGAGAAGGAAAGAGAGGCGAGACGUAAGCGAGUCGAAGCAAUCAUGCUCCGUACCAGGGGGAAAAACAACUCUGGCGUGUCACAAACUGAAGAGAAGAACGCCGAAAAUAAAUUUGAAGUUAAAGUCAACGGAUCUAAAACUGAUAGUGCAGAAAAUGGUCAUAAAAAUGGAAAAGAUAUAGAAACAGUAGAUAAUAUUAUUCCAGUUGACACUUUAAAAAAUGCUAACACAGUUAAUGUGACCACACUUAGUACGGAUGACACGAUUAAUUCAAAUGACGCUUGGCAGCGUAACUCUCAAACAGAUUUGUUAAUGUGAGCUCUCACGAGUCCAAACUAGGUGCUUGAAGAAAAGAUCACAACUUUCUUAUACAUAAAUACUGGUUUAGAGUUGCCGUUAUCAUCUUCCUCAGCUUUCAAACUAUAUGAUUUACUGCGUUUGUGCAAUAAAAUGCGAACUGGUUACUUUCGGUAAUACGAUUUAUAUAAAUUUUAAGUAUUUUUGUUUUUAGCGAGCAAGUUUUUUUAUAAUCCUGAUCAAGUAUUUGAAUAAAGAUUUGAAUCGAAAAGUAAAGUGUGUGUUUCUAUUUUUAUAAUUAUUUGUUAAAUUCUUAUUUAUUUAUAAAUAUUAUGUUGCAUAGAAGUGGAAACAUGCAGUAUUACUAGAUGGCAUAUUGAAAAUAUUUUAUGAUUUUUAAUGUGUGCUUAGAUCUAUAAAUGAGAACCUUGCUGUUUGAGGCUAGAUAGUUUUUAAUUCGAUUGUUUGAUAAAUAAUUGUUGACGAAUUUUGUGAGAUUGAAGUUGAUCAGGAUUCUGUGUGUAUUCUUCCAGUGAAUAGGACUUGGUCUUUACUAGUCAUCUUGAUGUACAUUGAAUCGUUUUGUAAUAUAUUACGAAUCGGGAGUGCUGAUCUUGGGUUAUCACCAAAAGUUCAACACCCUGUAUCUCGAGCACAGUUAGUUUUAGUUGUAUUGUACUGUAUUGCAUUUGUAGUCAGGGUACCUUAAAUGCCUUACUAUCGUUUUUAUAGUUUUUUAUGUUAUUUUGUCAAAUGUUAAAAAAUGAUACCUUUGUGUUUACUAAACUUUGUUAUAAAUCAAUGAAAUUUUCAAACAUAUACCUCUAUUGUUUAUUAAUUCUCUAAAUAUGUAAGAACGUUGUUUAUUUUCUAGGUUUUCGUAAUGUUUCAACGAUGGUUACUUUGGACAUAUCACAAAUAUCUAUCAUGCGCUACCGUAGUCAAUUUUAGAGUGGAUAUGUCGAAAGUAUUAAUCGCAAACGUCACUUGCUACACAAAAUAAUUAACAAAAAGUAUAUCUAAUCAUAUGUUACAAUACUGUCUAAGACUAUUGCUAAUAAAUUAUUGGUGUAAACAAUUUUUUGAAGUAUAUCCUAUCACAUGAUUAUAUACUGAUUACUCCCCGUUGGUUCGUUUUAACCCUUAGUGGAAUAAUUAUGUGUGGUGUAAAUAUUUGUCCUUAAUUCUGAAUAAUUAUUUCAAUUUAUUUGCGAACAUUCUCGGGAGUAUUCAGAAUAAAAAAAACUUGUAAAAAUGGUAGAUUGUUAAACAGCGCUUAAUAAAGUUUAAUAAAUUUGUCUUAACAAA